AUGGGAAUGUUAAUUCAAGACGUCCUUUUGGUUAUAUACUGUGCCUUCAUUCUUCAUUGGAAUUAUUCCACAGUUGAAGCAACAAUUGGAGUAUGUUAUGGCCGCGUAGGUACAAACCUUCCACCACCAUCAGAAGCUAUCAAUGUCAUAAAAUCAAAUGACAUUUCGAGAAUUCGUCUAUUCAAUCCUCAUCCAGAAGUAUUACAACCAUUUUCUGGAACUGGAAUUGAUCUUUUGAUUGGAGUACCUAAUGAAAUCUUACCUACCCUAGCUAAUAGUCCUGUGAAAACCUCCAUAAAAUGGCUACAAUCAAAUAUUUUUGCCUAUGUUUCUCCUAAUCAAGUUAAAUAUUUAGUAGUUGGCAAUGAAAUAUUCCUUAAAGAUCCAUUUUACUCCCCUUAUAUAGUUCCUUCAAUUUCAAAACUUUAUCAAGCUCUUCAAACAUUAGGCCUAGCUACAACCAUUAAGGUUUCUUUUUCUCAUGCAUCUACCAUACUUUCCAAUUCAUACCCUCCUUCAUUUGGAACUUUUGAAUCUAAUGUCAAACAAUUUCUUGUUCCUUUAUUACAAUUUCUACGUGACACAAGAUCGCCAUUAAUGGUGAAUGUUUACCCCUUUUUCGCUUACAUUAACAAUCCAAAGUAUGUUUCAUUGGACCAUGCACUAUUAAAUAGGUCAUCAUACAUGGAAUAUGACAAGAACUUGGCUUAUGACAACAUGUUUGAUGCUUCCAUUGAUGCAUUUGUUUAUGCCAUGGAGAAGGAAGGAUUUAAUGAUAUUCCUGUGAUGGUCACAGAGACAGGAUGGCCAACUUCUGGAACUGAUGGCGCGAGCAUUGACAAUGCCUUUACUUAUAAUGAAAAUAUUGUGAGAAGAGCUUUGAACAAUGUUGGCACGCCUAAGUGGCCUGGAGUUGGCUUGGACAUUUUUUUGUUUGAUAUGUUUGAUGAGAAUGGAAAAAGUGGGGAGGAGUUUGAGAGACACUUUGGUAUUUUUGGAGACAAUGGAAUUAAAGCUUAUGACAUUAGGUUCAACUAG